AUGUCUGUUCGACCUCUUGUAGAAGAUGUUGAGGAGAUGUUUGGGAGAACAAAAGCGUACCUUAUGAGCGCCAACAAGGAUGGCGUCAGCGUCUAUGAUCAACUCACCCGAUUGAUGGAGCAGUUACUGGAUGAGAACCCACAUGACAUUGCCGCUGACCCAUCGAGAUUUAACGAAAUUUUUACCCUUUUGCAGCAAAGCAGCUUUGUGAAUGGACAAAGUACCCCUGCGUGUAACGAGCCUUGUUCUGUCCCACCGUCUGAACUUGCGCGCCUUGCGGAUAAUGAACGCCUUUUUGAUCGUCCGCCUCCUGAAACAUUGACAACAAUAGAACAGCCAGAUCCAUAUACGACAGUUACGACAACACGGAUAAAGCCACACACCGCUCCCCCAUAUGACUCUGUUGCUCAGCACAAUCUUUACUGGGCCUGGGCAGGAUGCGGUGUGACGGAAGAAGAAGCAUUUUUACUGGAUCGAUCCAUCACGAUGCUGGCAAUGGAAAAGAAGCUGAGAGAUGUUCGCUUCUUUGGAAAAAUUUUUGGCACAAAAGCUGACUACUACGUGGUUUCCAGUCAACGCUAUGUUCAAGAUGGAGAAAAAGUAUACAAAGAAGUCAACACCAUGCCUCGUCCUGCGCGACGCAAGUUGGAAGUACCUGUACAACCUGAGCCGGGCUUUGUUGGGGUAAAUCGACUCUCAUUUUGGGUAACAUCUCAUCCUGCUGCCGAAUGGAAGUUGCUUCCAGAUGUGACACCACAGCAAAUCUUGGCAGGGAGGCGGAUCAAGAGGCUGUUUACCGGUGAUUUAAAUGCGGCUGUUAUCGCCAGCCCCCCGUUCGAAUGGAAUGAAGCUGUUUACCUU